CCCAUGUCACAUUCACAAAAAAAUUGUUAACAUCAUCUCAGAUCAUGGAGGUCACAUCUCAACCUGCUGCAUUUGAACCCCAAGAGUUUCAAACAGGCUUACUGGGCUGCUGUGAAGACGUGAGCAUAUGCUGUUGUGGCCUCUUCUGCCUCCCUUGUUUGGGCUGUUCCAUUGCUUCCGACAUGAAAGAGUGCUGCUUAUGCGGUUUAGGCAUGACAAUCCGAAGUGUUUACCGCACUAAAUACAACAUACCAGGUUCCCUGUGUGAGGACUGGUUAGUCUCGUACUGCUGCUUUACUUGUUCAGCCUGUCAGCUGAAGAGAGACCUCACCAUAAGGAUUCAUAAUGGAACACUGAAACCAUGAGAAAUGAAAGAGUUUCAGAGCACUGCUCUCUAGAUGACUGUCUACACUACCAGCGAGUCCUUGUGUAUUGCUCUUGGAAACUAAAGAUAAAGGAAAAUUAAAAGAGUUAAUUAUUUAGUACAUAAUGAAAAUGUCUUAAAAAUAAAAGUUCCAAAAAGGCGGUUUUUACAGCAAUGCAGUAUAUGAUACAGUUUUGGUUCCCCUAAGAAGCUUUCCGUGAACAGUUUUUAACCCCUUAGCAUUCAAAAAGAGACCUUAGAAAUGCUAAUGGUUUAAAAGAACAAUUUUUUUCUUUGUGUGAAGAACAUUUUAAUAACGUAAAGAACCUUUUUCCAGUGUAAAGAAAAAUGUAAAGGUUCCACAGAUACACAAAGAAUAUGUCUUUUCUGCUUUGCUUAAGGAGCUGACUUCAUAUUUAGUAUGCUAAUAUGUACUAUGGCUUGUUUAACAGCUUGUUGUAAUUCAGUGAUGUAAUAAAAAUGAUGUAUGAAUUUGAGUAAAUUGAAUCAUGUCAUGAAACCACAUAAAAUUACUUUGAAAC